CCCGGGGUUUCCGACGCAGAGCCGCAGGAGUUGAGGACUCCUCAUCGCAGUGAACGCUGCUCAGCACCGCAUCUGUCCGGUAACUCCGCAGCAAGUGGACCGAGAGGGAGACCGGAGUCGUACACAAGAAGCCAGAACACCUGAACCAGGACCGGAACGGUCGCCUGCUGCCUCCCCCCCUCCCCGGGUUGAUGCGCGCUCAGAGAUGCGAGCCUCGCUGCUAACGCUCCUCUGCGCCCUGGCUGCUGCCGUUGGCCAGGAGCCUGACCACAGCCACGGCUGUGCCCAUGGCAGCUGUUACCCAGCAACAGGGGACUUGCUGGUUGGACGAGAGAAGAACCUGAAGGCCUCGUCCACAUGUGGUAUGAGGAAAAAGGAGCCGUACUGCAUAGUCAGUCAUCUACAGGAUGAGAAGAAGUGUUUCGACUGUGACUCCAGGCGGCCGUAUGACCCAGUGUACAACACCAUCAAUCACCGCAUAGAGAACGUCAUCACCACCUUCAAACCCCACCGCAAGAAGUCCUGGUGGCAGUCCGAGAAUGGUAAGUCGGACGUGUUCAUCCAGCUGGAUCUGGAAGCAGAGUUUCAUUUCACUCACCUGAUUAUGACCUUCAAGACUUUCCGUCCGGCGGCCAUGCUGAUCGAACGCUCAGCAGAUUUUGGUCGCACGUGGCAGAUCUACCGUUACUUUUCCCACGACUGCGCUGCUACCUUUCCUCGCGUGUCCCAGGGUCCUUUGCGGAACAUCAAUGAUGUCAUCUGUGAGUCACGCUACUCUGACAUUGAGCCGUCAACGGAGGGAGAGGUCAUCUACAGAGUUUUGGAACCAGCCAUCAGGAUUGAGGAUCCAUACAGCCCCAACAUCCAGAGCCAGCUAAAGAUCACCAACUUGAGAGUGAACUUCACCAAGCUUCACACACUGGGAGACAACUUGCUUGAUCCCAGAGCUGAAAUCAAAGAAAAGUACUACUACGCCAUUUAUGAGCUUGUCGUACGUGGAAACUGCUUUUGCUAUGGCCAUGCCUCAGAGUGUGCCCCCAUCGAUGGGAUCAGAGAUAUAGAAGGAAUGGUUCACGGCAGAUGUGUGUGUAACCAUAACACCAAGGGUUUGAACUGUGAGCAAUGUGAUGACUUCCACAAUGACAUGCCCUGGAGACCAGCUGAGGGACGCAACACCAACGCCUGCAAGAAGUGUAACUGCAACAGCCACUCGACCCUGUGCCACUUCGACAUGGCGGUGUAUUUGGCGACUGGAAACAUCAGCGGAGGAGUGUGUGACGACUGUCAGCACAACACAAUGGGACGCAACUGCGAGAUGUGUAAACCUUUCUACUACAAAGACCCGUUCAAAGAUAUCAGGGAUCCACGAGUCUGCAUCGCCUGUGACUGUGACCCAGAUGGUUCCCAGAAUGGAGGCAUGUGCGACAGCCACACAGAACCUUCCCUCGGCAUGAUGGGAGGCCAGUGCCGCUGCAAGGCCAAUGUAGAGGGGCCGCGCUGCGACAAGUGCAAGAACGGCUUCUUCGGCCUGAGCGCAGAGAACCCUCAGGGCUGCCAGCCUUGCCGGUGUGACCACAGGGGAACAGUGUCAGGUAGCUCCCAGUGUGACCCAGUCAGCGGAGACUGCUUCUGCAAGCGUCUUGUCACUGGACGCAGCUGUGACCAGUGUUUGCCGGAACACUGGGCUCUGAGCCACGACCUGAACGGCUGCAGGGGCUGCGAGUGCGAUAUCGGAGGAGCCCUGGACAACCACUGCAUCAUGGAGAGCGGUCAGUGUCGCUGCCGCAGUCACAUGACAGCUCGCCAGUGUACACAGGUGGAGUCUGGAUAUUUCUUCAUGGCUCUGGAUCACUUCCUUUAUGAGGCGGAGUUGGCCAAAAUGGGGCAGGGCUCUGUUUUGGAGACCAGAGAGCACCAGUCGGGUCGCCCAGCCACAUGGACGGGCAUUGGGUUUGCUCGGGUACCCGAGGGCGGCACCCUGGAGUUCCUCCUCAGUAAUGUCCCCUACUCCAUGGAAUAUGACCUGCUCAUCCGCUAUGAAACACAGAUGCCCCGGGACUGGGAGGAGGUGCGAAUAACAGUGGUCCGUCCGGGUCCGAUUCCUACCAGCAGCCCCUGCGGAAACACCAUCCCGGAUGAUGACAGACUCACAGUGUCCAUGCCUGCUGGGGCCAGGUUUGUGGUCCCUCCUCAUGCUGUGUGUCUGGAGAGAGGUGUGACAUACACCGUCCGCUUUGAGUUCAGGCGCUAUCAGGACGCCAACAGUAUCCUCAACGGAGCGGCCAACGCUGUCGUGCUUGUGGACUCUAUCACCUUGAUGCCACGCUAUACCUCCAUGGAGAUGUUUAAUGCAGGGGAUCCAGCCUCCAACAACAGGAAGCAGACCUACGAGCGAUAUCGCUGCCAUGAGGGGGCGAAGAGUGUGACCCGCCCGCUGAUGAGCGACACCUGUGCUAAGCUAAUCACCAGCAUGUCGGCCAUCAUAAAUGACGGGGCUCUGCCCUGUAAUUGCGACCUUCAGGGGUCCGUUAGCUCCAUGUGUGAUGUCCGUGGGGGCCAGUGCCGCUGCAGGCCCAAUGUGAUUGGUCGACGCUGUGAUCAGUGUGCUCCAGGAACUUAUGGCUUCGGACCCUCAGGGUGCAUAGCCUGCGGUUGCAGCUUGGAAGGCUCCGUCACUCGACUCUGUGAUAAGUUCACGGGUCAGUGCCAGUGUCGUCCGGGAGCGUUCGGUCAGCACUGCGACAGAUGCCAGGCGGGUCACUGGGGCUUCCCCAGCUGUCGACCCUGUCAGUGCAACGGGCACGCCGACGAGUGCGACCAGAGGACAGGAGCCUGCAUCGGCUGCAGGGACAACACGGGAGGAGACAAGUGUGACAGGUGUGCCAAUGGUUACUAUGGUAACCCAGUUUUGGGCAGUGGUCAGUGUCGUCCAUGCCCGUGUCCAGACGGUCCCAACAGUGGACGCCACUUUGCUGCUUCUUGUUACCAGGACAACCGUAACAGACAAAUUGUCUGCAACUGUAACCAGGGUUACACAGGGAUUGUUAAACGCUCCGGGGCGACCAUUUUUCAGCGUGCUCGGUGUGAGGAAUGCGCUCCGGGUUAUUAUGGAAACCCCUCUCAGCCCGGAGGACGCUGCCAGCCGUGCCAGUGCAACAACAACAUAGACAUGUCAGACAUGGGCGCGUGUGACAGACAAACCGGGGAGUGCAGGAAAUGUCUUUACAACACCGAGGGACCAAACUGUGGCAUCUGCAAGAGCGGCUACUUCGGGGACGCUUCCCGGCGCAACUGCAGGAAGUGCAUUUGUAACUUCCUGGGUACCGAACGCAGCCAGUGUAUGGAGCGUGAGGACUGUGUGUGCCAGCGUACCACAGGGCAGUGCCAGUGUCUACCAAAUGUCAUCGGCCUGACAUGUGACCACUGCGCACCCAACCACUGGAACCUGGCCAGCGGGAGAGGCUGCGAGUCCUGUGGCUGUGAUCCCAACAACUCAGUCACCUCCUCGUGCAAUGAGUUCACUGGGCAGUGUCAAUGUCGUGACGGCUUUGGAGGGAAGACCUGCACAGACUGUCAGGAGAACUACUGGGGCGACCCGCAGACACAGUGCAGAGCUUGUGACUGCGACUGGCGCGGCAUUGAGAGCUCGCAGUGCAACCGGGUGACCGGCCACUGUGUCUGCCAGCAGGGGGUGUCAGGUGUCCGCUGUGACCAGUGUGCCAGAGGCUUCUCUGGCCAGUUCCCAAACUGUCAGCCCUGUCAUCAGUGUUUCGGGGACUGGGAUCGUAUCGUGCAGGACCUGGCAGUGCGCACUAAGACUCUGGCAGAGCGUGCCCAUGAGAUUCAGACCACUGGGCUUACUGGGGCCUAUGAGAAGGCCUUCAGAGCCCUGGAGGAGAAACUAGCACAAGCUCAGGGCAUUGUGAACGCACGCAAUGCCACUGCUGCAGCUGUCGCUACCCUCAUGGAGCUCAUUGAAGAUCUUAGAGCUCAGAUCAGUGAGACCACAGACACUCUAAACCGCCUGGAAGGAGACCUAACCAUCGUCCAGGACAGCAACUCUGAGGCGAGCAAGGAGCUGAGUGCUCUGGAGAGAGAGGCUAAAGAACUAAACCUGACUUCAGAGCAGCUACACCACCAACUGGAUGUCCUAAAAAACUCCAACUUCCUCGGUGCCUACGACAGCAUCCGCAGCUCCUACAACAAGUCUCGCGACGCGGAACGGCGUGCCAACGAAUCAACAACCACCAGGCCCAGCACAGUCAGCCAAUCCGCAGACACUCGCCGCCGUACCGAGCGCCUCAUCACCACCAAGAAGGACGAUUUCAACCGCAAAAAUGCUGCCAACAAGCGCACGCUUGGAGACCUCAACGUCAGAGUGCAGGGCCUGGACAUGAAGAAGAUCAAUGAGAAGGUCUGCGGCGCCCCGGGUGAUGCUCCCUGUGGGGAAAGUCCUUGCGGGGGUGCGGGUUGCCGUGACGAUGAAGGGAACCGUCACUGUGGAGGCCUAAACUGUAACGGCGCCGUGGCUGUAGCUGACAAUGCUCUGGAAAGAGCCAAGCACGCAGAGAAGGAGCUGAACAAAGCUAUGGGAGAGGUGGAGGGACUCUUUACCAAGGUGGCAGAGGCCAAGAGCAAGGCAGAGGAGGCCAAGGGUAAAGCCCAGGCUGCUCUGGACAAAGCCACCGCCACCAAGAACAAAGUGGAGCGCUCCAACAAUGACCUGAGAGACCUCAUCAAACAGAUCAGAGAUUUCCUCACUCAGGAGGGUGCGGACCCGGACAGCAUUGAGGCAGUGGCGAACCGAGUGUUGGAGCUCUCCAUCCCUGCCUCACCCCUCCAGAUCAGACACCUCGCAGAUGAAAUCAAGGAUCGGGUCCGCAGCCUCUCGAAUGUGGACGCCAUCCUGGAGCAGACGCAGGAUGACGUCCGCAGGGCAGAACAGCUACUGCUGGACGCCAAGAGGGCAAGGCAUCGCUCUGAGGGGGUAAAGACUACAGCAGAGACUGUGCAACAGGCCCUGGUGGACGCUAAGAAUGCUCAGACAUCAGCGGAGAAAGCCAUAGCAAAAGCCAAAGCUGAUAUUGGGGACACCGAGGCCCGACUGGCACAGAUUGAGUCAGAGACAUCCAACAGUGAGAAGGACCUGAAUGACGCCAUGGACCGGCUGGGCACACUGGGACGUGAGAUCAACGCCCUGAAGACCAAACGCGCCAACAACAGCAUGGCAGCAGCCCGAGCCGAGGAGACAGCCACCAUGGCACGAGACAAGGCCAACGAAGCCAAGCAGAUUCUAGACGGCCAGCUGACAGACAAAUACCAUGAGGUGCAGCAGCGGGUUGACACAAAGGCCAAGGCUGUGAAGGACGCCAAGAAGAGGGCAGAGAGCCUCAGAGAUGAAGCUAAAGAACUACUGAGAGAUGCCCAGAACAAACUCCAGAGACUAGCAGAGCUGGAGAAAAACUACGAGGAGAACCAGAGGAAGUUGGAGGGGAAAGCUCGUCAGCUGGACGGCCUGGAGGACAAGAUGAAAGCCAUCCUCAAUGACAUCAACAAACAGAUCCAGAUCUACAACACAUGCCAGUAACCCCCUUGUCUGUGACGUCAUAAGAAAACAGGUCCAUCAUCGUGUUAUUCUGACAUUUGCUCCAGACUGCACAACAGACUUUAAAGACUGUGUGUGGUUAUUUUAUCAGUCCGCAGGUGAAUUUGUGUAUUUUGUGUGCAAACUGUCAUUUAUGUAAGUAUUUAAAACAGUUGCUAUCAUAUUUACAUAUACAGUAUAUACCCACGACUGAACAUGUAAAGCUUGUCACAUAUUUUUAUUUUCAUUUAUUUGUCUACAAUAUUUUUGUUUUUCAUUUUUAAAACAAUCUGGAGAUGAUCUGUGUUUAAAUCUGUGUUAUGAACAUGAAGUGGAAAUAUUUUAGAAAAGUCAAUCAAGCACAGAUUAAUGGCGCUGAAAAAAAAAUCAGUAGUUUAAGCAUUUAUUGAUUUUUUACUUUCUUAGAGUGACUGUUGCCUAAUCAGCAGGUCGAUAUGGUUUUCUAUGAAGUCUGUUACUACUGGAAGUAUAUUCUGAGCUGUGCUCAUCACAAGAGGACUUCAUUUACACUGCAGUGGACUGCAGCCUGAAACACAUUUUUCAUAUUAUCUGUUCAAACUUAACUGUGCUUCAAGCUUUAAUUGAUGAUGUAGCAGCUUUAAUUGCUUUAGCUUAUUAUCAAGCAAGCCAUACUUUGUCAUUAGAACGAGAGGAAGAUUUUCAAAAUAAAAAUUGUGGUGCCAGGAAUAAGGAAGCAAACGAUAUGACAAUUUUGAGGAUGACAUAAAUUGUUUGACAAUGAUAAGUGAGUAGACGCAACCAGCCGGAGAAGCCCCUCUACCUGGUGUAGGAGGAUGGCUGCACACUAACACCACACAGGAAUGAUGAAACAAGAAGAGCUGAGCCUGGCGGAGGAUAAACCCCGUUCCCUGUGGCACCACCCUCAGGACAAUCAUACAGGAGUAGUUAGACCCGUUGAGAAAGAGGCUCUCUUACAGAGAGUUAGAUGAAAUGAUUGAUGCCAAGCUGGGAACUAAAAGGAAAGACAUGAACUCCACUGAAAAAUAGAGAGAAUCUGCUGUUUUUUCCAUGAUAUGUGUAGGUCAGCUGAUGAGGUCUUUAUGAUUACAGCUAUGAAUGUUUUAUUUAGUCUGGCACAUAACUCCCUACAACAUAUUUAUACCAUAUUUAAACAUUCUUUGUAUGUAGGCGGACAGGCAGGAGUGGUGUUGAUCUUCUCAUCUAUCUCUCAGCAAGAAUACAAAUAAUUCCCAAAAUGUUUUUUGCUACGUUUGUUAUUCUUUUAGUCGUUUUUGCACAGAUUGUGAAUGUUUGUUUAUCAAAUGUGUCUGUGACCGGAUCUGCAGAUCUCGCUGAACUGACCCAGUAUUCUACAGCCUUGUGCCUUAUAUCAUGCCAGUGUUCUGGACCUUCACUAACAUACUAUUUGCAUGACAAUUUGUUUGUUUUAUGGAACAUAAACCAAAAAUAAAUCAUCUUUAUACACACAUUUCCCUCAGAUCACACAUCCACUGGCAGCCACAUGAUUUUGAUAAGUGAUUACCAAAAUAAGAACACCAAAAGAAGCUUUGUAAACUGUGUAUAGUUUUGUGAAUAAAGGUUGGAUAACUUAACACUU